CCGUGUUCCCCAGCUGCUUCGAAUCGCGCGUCCGCGUUCCAGCCGCCCGGGCUGCCUGGAGAGGCGGUGGCCGCAGCCGGGAAGGAGGAAGGAGCAGCAGCCCGCAGGAGAGGCCGGCAGGAAGGAAGGAAGGAAGGAAGCGGCCCGGCCAGCUGCGCGGUCAUCUGAUCCCAGGCCAGCGUCCGGCGGGCAGGAGGGAGGGAGCCAGGACGAGAGGGCAGCGGAGCUCCGCCUGGCCGUCGAAGCGCCCGUUGCAUCCCCUCCCUCGAUGCCCCCCGCCCUGCCCCUCCUCCGGCCGCGUCCUCUCCUCGCCCCAGCCCGCCCGAAGAAAUGGAAGAUUUUUAUCACCUCUAGAUCUGCUUGUCACAUCUGAGAACAUCUCAUUAAUUUCAGCAACCUCAUUUCAACUUUAUUUUGCAGCUUCCUGGCAUUGUGGAAAGGAACUUUCUUGGCAGACUGAAGUGUGCGGCUUUUUCCAGUUAUUGGAUUACCCCCCCCCUUUCUUUUAAGGACACAAAAGCAUCUGGAAGACAGAGGGUCUGUGUGCGCCACGUACCCUCUUUCCCAGAACCGGAGGGGCAUUUUGCAGAAAUAUUUCAUGUUUUUCAAGGAAUCCUUUUGAAGGAAAAACACGGUCUUAGUGUCAUACGUGAACUGGUGCAUUCAAUACAAACUUGUGCCCAAAGCAUUUUGGGGGAUCAGCCAGGAGACCCCCCCCCCAAAAAAGAAAGUUGGAGAUCAGCAUAGGAGACCAAAACAAAAAAAAGUUGCCGUUAGCUGCAAUGGGUCUUUGAAGCAGGACAGAUUUCCCACUGGCAAGUGUGGGAGUGGUGGAGAAUCCCUUCAGGAAGGAAGGAAGGAAGGAGCGUGACAGAAACCGGGAGGAGGAGCUGACCCAACACAUGAAUGGCUGCCAAGGAUUAUGACCACUUGUUCAAGCUGCUCAUCAUUGGGGACUCUGGGGUUGGGAAAAGCAGCCUACUGCUCCGCUUUGCAGACAAUACCUUUUCUGGUAGCUACAUCACAACCAUUGGGGUAGAUUUCAAAAUUCGGACACUAAUGGUGAAUGGAGAGCGGGUAAAACUGCAGAUCUGGGACACCGCGGGACAGGAACGCUUCCGGACCAUCACUUCCACGUAUUACCGUAACACUCAUGGUGUCAUCAUUGUGUAUGACGUGACAAACCCCGAGUCCUUUGUUAACGUCAAGCGCUGGCUGCAUGAGAUUGGGCAGAACUGUGACAGCGUCUGCAAGAUCCUGGUGGGUAACAAAUGUGAGGACCUGUCACGGAAACAAGUGGAUACAGCUGAUGCCCGGCGGUUUAGUGAGCAGAUGGGAGUGCGGCUAUUUGAGACAAGCGCCAAGGAGAACCUCAAUGUUGAAGAGAUGUUCAAUGCUAUCACAGCCAUGGUGCUCCGGACCAAACAGGAAAACCUGGCGCGACUCCAACAGCAAAAUGAGGUUGUCAAAAUCAACAAGCCCAAGAAGAAACCAGCUGUCAAGAAAUGUUGCUGAAAGGGUGGGGGGCUUUGUCUUCAUCUCCACCCACCCCAAAUUCCAAACAAGGACUGGACACUGUGGAGAAGGGCAGUAAAAAUUGGUGUGGGGGUUGGGAUUUGGGUGGGGAGGGAUAUGGAAGAGAAUUGCAGCCCCUUCUCUACGGUUGCUAGGAUGGAAGAUUCAAAAAUGUACUGAAAUUCCUCCUUGCUGGUGGGCAAGAGGUGACUGCAGGAACAGGGCUGGGACAGGUUGAAGAGCAUUAAAAAGUUCUGCUGAAACAAAUGGAACACCUUGUUACUAGGUAAUGCGAAUAGGCCUUUCUAAACCUCUGCAGUGUUGCCCAUAAAAUCUUCUCAUUUAUUUUACCCCUCUUCUCUCCCCACCCCCACUGAAUUAUCAGGAAUAGGGGCAGAAAAACAAGGUGGGCAUUAACCUUCGAGGACCUCUGCUUUAUAGGCUCACUUGUGGUUAACAAGAUACAAGUUAGAAUUAAGAAGGAGAAAUUAAAGGAAGGAGUCACAACAUUUCACAGAGAAAUAGUGGGCAUUUCCCCCAAUUGUUUGCACACCGUUAUGGCCGGGGGGGGGGGGAGGAGGGGGAAAGGGUUCUGUCCUGAGAAAUGGUGUUAGAAAACUGGCUGUGUUCUGUUUCCCUCCCUGUCUGUGGAACAGUAUCAUUCAUCUCCUCCCCUCCCCAAAUACCCUCUACAUUAAAGAGAAAAGCUAUGUAUGUUAAUGACCAAAUAGGACUGGGGGUUGAACAAGUAUUUCUUUGUAAGCCUUUGUACCUGCAGCCAUGGUUUGUGGGUGCUACCCUGUCAAUCCAACCCCCCCCCCCCGAACUCAAUAUAGGAGGGGUGGCUCAUCUAACUACAAAUAUGAGACAGGAUAUCUGGGGCUGUUAGUCUCCACCCUACAGCUCCCAAGCUGUGUGGGUACAAUGGAGUUGCAAUCUCAUGUCUCUCCCUCCCCUGCCCCAGUCAUUAAAUAUGGGCCCCUCUGACUGUGCAAUAAGUUUGCUUCUUGAAUUAUUUUAUAUACACAUAAAUGAAUAUGUAUAGAAUUUAAAACAUUUUUGUUUUAACCCACUGCUAAUGGCAUUAAACUUGGUAAGGAGACACCACUAUUCAAUAAAGAGCAUUUAGAUAUGAAA